UAGCACUCAUAAACAAUUACUGCUCUUCUUUCAAGAGUUCUUUUUCGUUUUAUAUUUCUUCUUCCCGUUUUCUAUAUGGGAAAGAGAAUGAAUAUUCUUCUUUUCUCUUUAUUAGUGCAGGGUAAUUGGACAAAAUCUCUUCGUUGGAACAACAUUCCCGAUCCUUUAAAUGGCGAGCUGUUUAUUAAGGUUUCUGAAGUUGAGGAGAAGGAAAUAAAGCCGUUUUUGGAGAGCUUGUCCCAGUGUCCCAAACAUGGUCUUCACAAUCCAUUUAAAGCACCUGAGAGGUACCUGAUGCUUGGAGACGUAACCACAAAAGCAGCUCAUAAACUAUCACUGCCUGAGGUUUCUGACUUCUUUGCCAAGUUGAUACAAAGGGUGUCUCCGAAGAGUUACCAACAAGCGUUCGCUGAAGUUUAUGUCACACGGAAGUUUCUGGAAAAUUUCUGUGGGGAUCAGGUUCGUUUUCUGGCUAGAUCAUUUGGUGUUCCAGGUAAUCAUUUGGGUCAGCAGAGCCAUGGCUUUAGGUGGCCUUAUGGUCCGGUCACAAUUAUUACUCCUUUCAAUUUUCCGUUAGAGAUUCCAGUGCUUCAGCUCAUGGGUGCUCUAUAUAUGGGAAAUAAGCCACUGCUUAAAGUUGACAGCAAGGUAUGUGUAGUUAUGGAACAAAUGCUUCGGUUGCUCCACGAGUGUGGGCUGCCUUUGGAAGAUGUUGAUUUCAUAAACUCUGAUGGGAAAGCAAUGAAUAAACUUCUCUUGGAGGCAAAACCACGCAUGACUCUAUUCACCGGUAGUUCAAGAGUUGCAGAGAAAUUAGCUGUCGAUCUAAAAGGUCGUAUCAAACUCGAAGAUGCUGGAUUUGACUGGAAGAUUCUUGGACCAGAUGUCCAUGAAGAGGAAUAUGUUGCUUGGGUUUGUGACCAAGAUGCUUAUGCAUGUAGUGGCCAAAAGUGCUCGGCCCAAUCCUUGCUCUUCAUGCACGAGAAUUGGGGUAAAAGUUCUCUCAUACAUAAGCUUUCGGAUCUUGCUGCUACAAGAAAGCUGAAUGAUCUCACUAUUGGCCCUGUUCUUACCUUUACAACUGAAGCAAUUCUUGGUCACGUGGAAAAAUUGCUCAAUAUAAAAGGAUCGAGAGUUUUGUUUGGUGGUAAAGCUUUACAAAACCAUUCUAUUCCUAAAGUGUAUGGCGCAAUCGAACCUACUGCCAUCUUUAUUCCGCUCCAAGAAAUUCUGAAAGAGGACAAUUUUGAUCUCGUAACAAAAGAAAUCUUUGGCCCGUUCCAGAUUGUCACGGAAUACAAACACGAUGAGCUUCCACUUGUUCUGAACGCCCUUGAAAGAAUGCACGCACACUUAACAGCUGCAGUUGUGUCCAACGAUCCUUUGUUCGUGCAGGAGGUUGUGGGGAAUUCUGUCAAUGGAACCACUUAUGUUGGACUGAGAGCAAGAACUACUGGAGCUCCACAAAAUCAUUGGUUUGGGCCGGCCGGUGAUCCAAGAGGCGCCGGGAUAGGGACGCCGGAGGCAAUAAAGCUCGUGUGGUCGUGCCAUAGAGAGGUCUUGCUCGUCCUUACACUGGUGAUUACGAGAUUACCCGAAGAUUCUGUCGUGUUUUUGCAGCCCACCACAAGGAGUCUCUGGGAAAUUUUGCAUUUUGACUAA